UCACAAACACCCUUCAAGCCGACCAAGCCGAUGGAUACACUUUUGGAGAAACCAAUGGACAUUGUGCUCAAGUCACGGACACUCACGGUACCCAUUGUGGAGGAUACCACGCCAAAGCCUCGCAUAGUCAUUACGCACCUAGUGCUCAACAACUUCAAGAGUUACGCUGGGCGGCAGGAAGUAGGACCCUUCCACGCGUCCUUCUCAUCAGUUGUUGGACCCAACGGCUCAGGCAAAUCCAACGUCAUCGACUCCCUCCUCUUCGUCUUUGGGUUCCGAGCGAGCAAGAUGCGACAGGGCAAGAUCUCGGCUUUGAUCCACAACUCUGCGCAGUAUCCCAACCUUGAGUUCUGCGAGGUUGCUGUUCACUUUCAGGAGGUUCUGGACCAGGCAAGUACUCCUGGUGGUGGUCACACGGUAAUUCCGGAUUCCCAGCUCAUCAUUUCCCGCAAGGCCUUCCGGAACAACUCGAGCAAGUACUACAUCAACAACAAGGAGUCCAACUUUACGACUGUGACCACGCUGCUGCGUGACCGUGGCGUUGACCUCGACCACAAACGUUUCCUCAUCCUUCAGGGAGAAGUCGAAUCGAUUGCGCAAAUGAAACCGAAAGCCGCAAACGAGCACGAAGAUGGCCUGCUAGAGUAUCUCGAGGACAUUAUCGGAACCUCCAAGUACAAGACUCCGAUCGAGGAGUCCGCCGCCGAAGUCGAGACGCUCAACGAAGUUUGCAUGGACAAGAGUUCCCGUGUGCAGCACGUUGAGAAGGAAAAGAACAGCUUGGAAGAGAAGAAGGACAAGGCGCUUGCAUUCAUUCGCGAUGAGAACGAGCUCGCCAUGAAGCAGUCGGCUUUAUAUCAGCUCUACAUCCACGAGUGCACUGAUAACAUCGCCGUCACGGAAGAGGCGAUCAACCAGAUGCAAGCCGAGCUUGACAAUGAACUCGAAAAGCACCAGGGCAGUCAACAAAUCAUCAAGGAGCUUGAAAGCAAAUACGACGAAGUCAUCAGGGAGUUUGAGAUUCAAGAUCGGCAAACCAAAGCCUUGUCAAAGGAACUGGCAAAGUUUGAGCAGGAGCGCGUCAAGUUCGACGAGAAGAGAAAAUUCCUGGAAGACAAGAGGAAGAAGCUUGAGAAGACUAUUCGAAACGCCGAGUUCUCCGCAGCCGAGGCGGAAGAGACAAUUGAGCAGUGUGGGAAUGAGAUUGAAACCAAAACACACGAGAUUACGGCAUUAGAGAACAUGGUCAAGGAAGAGGAAGCCGAGCUUGCCCACAUCCGAGAAAGUCUGAAAGGGAAGACGCAAGUCUUUUCCGAUCAGAUCGCGGCCAAACAAAAAUCUCUGGAACCAUGGAUGGAGAAGAUCAACCAGAAGCAGUCUGCCAUUGCUGUCGCUGAAAGCGAGAUGAACAUCCUGCAAGAAAAAGCGAAUGCAGGUGCCGUUGCCCUGCGGGAGCUCGAGGCCAAGAUCAACUCCAUCGAAGAGGGCAAGGUUGCCAAGCAGAAUGAGCUCCAGGCUUGCCAGGCCGAAAAGGCAAAGUUGACAAAGGAGGCCGAAAAGAUGAAGUCGGAGCUCCAGAUUCUCUCUGAGCAGGAGCCCAAGAUCAGGUCCAAGAUCUCCACCGCACGACAAAAGGCAGACGAGGCCCGCUCAAGCCUGGCCAAUAACCAGACAAGGGGCAAUGUCUUGUCUGCUCUGAUGCGGAUGAAGGAAUCGGGCCGUAUCGAUGGCUUCCACGGUCGCCUGGGCAAUCUUGGUACCAUUGACAGGAAAUACGAUGUGGCAGUCUCCACGGCCUGUCCUUCGCUGGACAACUUUGUCACCGAGACAGUCGAGGCCGGUCAGCAGUGCAUCGAGCACCUGCGCAAGAACAACCUUGGCCGCGGCAACUUCAUCUGCCUGGACAAACUGCGACACCGAGACCUCUCACCGAUUCAGACACCUGAAAAUGCACCGCGGCUGUUUGAUCUCGUCACCGCAAAAGCAGACAAGUUCCUGCCGGCGUUUUAUCACGCUAUGCAGGAUACGCUCGUUGCCAAUGACCUUGCGCAAGCGAAUCGCAUUGCGUACGGUGCCAGGAGGUGGCGAGUUGUCACGCUGGAUGGUGAACUGAUCGAUAAGUCCGGUACAAUGUCUGGAGGUGGCUCGACUGUCAAGAGAGGCCUCAUGUCCUCCAAGCUUGUGGCGGAUACCACCAAGGAGCAGGUGGCCAAACUCGAAGAGGAUCGCGAUGCCUGGGAAGCCAAGUUCCAAGAGUUCCAGGAGUACCAGCGAGAAUGCGAGAACAACCUGAAAGAACUCAACCACAAGAUCCCACAGCUGGACACCAAGAUGCAGAAGAUCAGGCUGGAAAUGGAGAGCUCUACGCGAAACCUGGCUGAUGUCGAGCGACGCAUCAAAGAGGUCAGCCGAGAGUACCAGCCGUCUGCCGAAGACUCCCAGCGAAUCGCGGCACUGCAGAAGGAAAUAGCCAAGCUUAAUGCGGAGCUUAAGAAGACCCGCGGAGAGACGUCUAGUGUCGAAGAGGAGAUCAAGGCUCUGCAAAACAAGAUAAUGGAGGUUGGUGGAGAGAAGCUCCGGGCUCAGCGAGCCAAGGUCGACUCCAUCAAGCAGGAGAUCACGUCCCACAGCGACGAAAUCUCCAAAGCCGAAGUCCAGAAAGCCAAGGCUGAGAAGCAAAAGAUCAAGCUCGAGAGGGACUUUGCAAAGGCUACCAAGGAGCGUGAUGCUGCAGUCCACGAUCUCCAGCAGCUCCAGGAUGGCCUCAACAACCAAGGAGAGAGGGCAGAGGAGCUCAAGGCUCGCGUGGAGGAAGCCGAGGAAGGCCUGGCGCUGAAGAAGAAGGAGCUGAAGAAGCUCAAGGGUGAGCUAGACGAGAAGACUGCGGAGCUCAACGCGAGCCGCGCCGUGGAGAUUGAGAUGCGGAACAAACUCGAAGAGAACCAAAAGGUGCUUGCUGACAACCAGAAACGCUUCCGAUACUGGGAGGAUAAGCUGUCCAAGCUUCACGCCCCCAGCGCGCCGGCGCCGGCGCCCGCCCGCCGUCCUCGCAACCCCCGCGAGCUCCCAAGAUAUACGCCAGACGAGCUGGCUGAUAUGAACAAGGAGAAGCUUAAGGGCGAAAUCGCGGCUCUGGAAGAAAAGACACAAAAUGUCAGCGUCGACCUCGGCGUUUUGGCCGAGUACCGCCGCCGUGUGGAAGAGCACAUGUCUCGCGCGUCUGAUUUGCAAACGGCUAUCGAACAGCGCGAUGCUGCCAAGAAGAGGUGCGAUGACUUGCGUCGUCUCCGACUUGAAGGCUUCAUGGAGGGGUUCAGCGCAAUCUCGUUGCGUCUCAAGGAGAUGUACCAGAUGAUCACCAUGGGAGGCAACGCAGAGCUCGAGCUCGUUGACAGCCUGGAUCCGUUCAGCGAAGGCAUCCUCUUCAGCGUGAUGCCGCCGAAGAAGAGUUGGAAGAACAUUGGCAACUUGUCGGGUGGUGAGAAGACUCUGAGUAGUCUGGCAUUGGUGUUUGCCCUGCAUCACUACAAGCCUACGCCGCUGUAUGUCAUGGACGAGAUUGACGCCGCUUUGGACUUUCGAAAUGUCUCGAUCGUGGCGAAUUACAUCAAGGAGCGUACAAAGAACGCACAGUUCAUCGUCAUCUCGCUACGAAACAACAUGUUUGAGCUUGCAGCCCGCCUCGUCGGCGUGUACAAGGUCAACCAUAUGACAAAGAGUGUGACGAUAGAGAACAAGGACUUUAUCGAGAGGCCUCAAAUGACGCAGCAGCACCAGAGAACACUGGGAGCUGGCGCUACGGCCACACUUGCGAUUAGGUAG